AUGCUCCUCCAGGCAUGGCUGUCAUUGCUAUUGGCACCUGCGAGAGGACAAUUUCAGUUCGAAAUUCCAGCGGAGAUGCUCCAAGGGAUGAUGGGAGGAGGCGGAAUGAUGGGAGGCGGAGGCGGUGGUAGAAAAGGUGCCGAGUGGCCAAAAACAGAGAAUUCAGAAAUAUCUGCAGAAUUUGAGUGGCUGGUGAACACGGAGUGGGAGGGCAAGACGUCCAAGUACCUGCUCCUCAGAGACGGCUUUGUCGAAUCGCCUCUAAAGGAGUGUGAGCCAGAGGGCCACUGUUUGUGGGCGGCCAACAAUGGCCGAGUCUUAAUCAACACACCUAAGCUGAAGGUUGUGAAGUUCUCCGUGGAGGGUCUCGACGGAGUAGAUAGGAAGAAGCUCGAGAACAAGGACGAAACAGAACUGAAGAAGGUUUCUCUGGUUAUGGAGAAGCCAAGCAAGAGCAGUGGCAAGAAAGGCAAGCUCGACUUCAAGCGGGUAGCCAUGGCGGACGAGCAAGACAGCAUGGGAGCCGACCUCUACAAGCUCUUAGACAUUACAGAAGAUGCAGAACAGAGCUCCAUCAAAAGCAAGUUUCGGCGACUUUCCGUUUCAAUGCAUCCAGACAAAGGCGGAGAUCCUAAAGCUUUCAACGACAUGCGAGAGGCAUACGAGGUGCUCGGAGACCCAGAGAAGCGGAGGCAGUACAAUCUAGGUGGAAUGCAGCUCGUCAAGAAUGUUGAAAUAGCAUGGAAGGAAGUGGAGGGACAGAAAGCACAGAUGGAUGCGCAGCUGAAUCAGGUUCCCAAGAAUCACCCGCAGUAUGCCAUGUUUAAGCAGCAGAUCGAGCAGCAGAAGAGGCAAUUUGACAAGGCUAAAGUGGAAUCACAAAUCCAGCAAAAGCUCCAGAGUGAGGAGCUGGAGGUGAUGGUUCCCAUUUCAGCUUCUGAGCUCUACAGCGGUGUGGAGAAGAAGGUCUUUGUGUUUCCCAGGUUGAUGAUCUGUCGCGGUUGCAAAGAAGACCCAAGCAGGCCAGAGUGCCAGGACUGCGGUAGGUGUCCGCCAGAGAAGGUCCAGGUGCCCAAGUAUGGCAUGACCCCUUUCGGCCGGCAGGUGGUUGGAAUGAGGGAAAAAGAGCAAGAAAGCCGAGAGCGGUGUCGAGAAGUUGGGGUCGAGGUGCCGCUGCGAGUCAGCAAGGGAGCCAAGCAGGGCGCUUCAUUGAAGGUCCUACCGAAUGUUGGCCACCAAACGCCAGGAAAGUUUCCCGGCAAGGUGAACUUCAAGGUUCAACGAGGCAGCAAGGAGGAUAGCUACAGAAUUGCGGAAGCAGACUUGCACACUGUUCUGCACAUCUCGCUGGAGCAAGCCUUGUUCGGCUUUACGAUUUCUUGGCAACAUCUCGGAGAAGAGACGGUUACCAUCACCAAGGAGCGGCUGCUGCAGCCGGACGAGGUGCUCCGACUCAAAGGCAAGGGCCUGGUCGAGUCGGGAAGCAAGCGGGGCGACCUGUAUGUGAGACUUGCUGUUGAUCUCCCAGAAGCACCACCGGGAGAGAAGGCCCUCACGCUCCGCGCUCCAGGUUCAGGAGUGCAGGCGGCCAAGCUGGAAAUGGAAGAUGAGGUUAGAAUAGAAGAAGGAAGUGCCUGGCGAGAAUGGGUCGCCAGGGAGAAGGCAAGCACCUACAAGGUGGGGAAAGCCAAAACAGAACUUUGA